CUUGUUGAUUUUCAAAGUACACACACCUGUCGCAAUUAUGUCUACAUCAAAAGAAAGAAUUUUUCAUGUUACGGAAAUUUUGUUCCAACAGAUGUUAGCAGUCUUCGUACUACUUGUAUUUUGGCAGUUAUUUAUAUCAAAUAGCCCUGCUAAUAACAAAGGUACAUGGCAUGUUGUACUCUGUGUUAUGGGUUUCGCUUUAUGUAUGGCAGAAGGUGUACAAAUAUUUAGGCAUGAGAGUGUAGUUACAUUUGGCCACACUAGGGAAGAAAAGAAAAUGGCCCACAUGAUAGUUAUGGCAUUUGCUUUUAUCUGCAUAACUAUUGGUAUCUCACUAAAAAUUAGCCAGAAAGAAGAUUUCAAUCUGGAACAUUUUUCUUCAACGCAUGGAGUUUUAGGUUUAAUUGCAUGGAUACUCAGUUUCAUCGCAGUACUUGGAGGUGUAUUUUCUAUGUAUUUUAGAAAUACGUCAAUAAGUCCAAGAGUGGUAAAACUAUGCCACAUUUUCCUUGGAAUCACCACUUACGCACUUGGAGUUGCCUGCCUUUGCUAUGGUUUAGAAUAUUUAAUGGGCGGAAGGGGAAGAGGGUGGGUGGCUUUGGUUAUCCUAUUGGUCGUUUACGCAACUUACAGUUUGAUUGGACCCUUUAAAUCAAUUUUCAAUUACUUGAGGAACGAUUAGGAAAUCAUUGAGCAUGCAAGUGCUAUUUACUAAAAGAAUGAUUAAAAGACAGGACGUUGACAUAUUUAAGUAUAUUCUAUAUAUUUAUACGUUUUAGUUCUCGCAUUUUUUACUACUGUACGGAGGGUGCUAUUCCAUUUGUUUUUAUACUAUACCAAUAAAAAAUAGAC